AUGCCGUCUAUGUCAAUAAUUUCAGAAAAUAUUACAAAUGAAAGUAGUGAAUUUCCUUUAGAAGCUUUUCAACCAGACCUACCCAUAGUAUCAAAAAAUACAGAAACUUUAUCGGAUUCUUCUUUCACAUCUGAAAAUAUGGAGAUACUUCAACCUAAUUCAACUUCAGUACUCGAAUAUACAGAACAAGAUCAACAUUUUGAUUCUUUGAACUUUAAUAAUUAUAUGAAAAGAUCAAAUCAUAGAAAAAAAAAUAAAUUUGCGGAUAAUAUGGAUCUUACUCAAUUUGGUAUAUCUAAUGAUAUAAUUAUUGAAUCGGAUGAAGAUAAGGACAGUAUUAGCAUUGAGUAUAAUAAUGAACACAUUGAAUACGAAACAAAUUUCUUAGCUACAAAUUUUCCUAUUCACAUUGAAUCAGAUCCAAAUGAUAUAUCGUGUUUAUUACUUACUGCCCCAAUUAUUAUUCAAUGGAUUGUUUUAUGGAUUUUACUUUUUAAGCACAUGAUCGUUCUUGCUAAAACAUCAAUAGGAAUUCUUUUUAAUUUUUUACAUUCCAUAUUAAAUUAUAUCGAUUCCGAUUACUUUGCAACUUUUCCUAAAUCUAACUAUCGUGUUUCAAAGCUUUUUGGACUAGAUCAAAAUUUUACAAAAUUUUUUGUAUGUCCGAACUGUCAUAAACUCUUCUGGACACAAGAAUAUAUAACCGAAUUUUGUCAAUCAAAUUGUACUUGUGGAGCAGAACUCAAAAAACCUGUUCAAGAAGCAUUAGAAUCUUGUUAUAAAUGUUCAUUGCCACCAAAUAAUUUGCUUUCUGACGUAUACGAUGGUCGUGUUUGGCGUACAUUUAAAGAUAAUGAUGAGACUGCUUUUUUUGUUGGAAAUUUAGCUGAAGGAAGACUAGGAUUUUCUCUUAAUAUUGAUUGGUUUAAUCCAUAUAAGCAUUCACCAAUAUCUGUUGGAGCUAUUUAUUUAACUAUUUUAAAUUUUCCAAGACAUAUGCGAUAUCAGACUAAAAAUGUUUUUUUAGUUGGUCUAAUUCCGGGACCUCAUGAACCUUCGGUUACUGAAAUUCAUAAAUAUAUUGAACCAAUUGCUUAUGAAUUAGACAAACUAUGGAGUGGAGUUACAAUUAAAACUACAAAAUAUCCUAAUGGCCGGCUUUUUUGUGGUGCUUUAAUACUUAUUGCAUGUGAUACACCAGCGGCUCGCAAAAUAUCAGGAUUUGCAGGACAUUCUUCUAAGCAUGGGUGUUAUAGAUGUACCAAAAAGUUUCCAACAUUUCCAAGUAAUCAUUCAAAAAGUGGAAAAGUAAAUUUUUCUGGAUUUAACCAAGAAUUUCCUCAUAUUACUACUGAAGUUAUGGUUUCUAUAUAUGAGGAAAUUACAAUUAAUAUAGUUGCAUCAACUUUAUUAAAAAAAUUUCCGGAUUCAAUUAAUCACUCAUUCAGAAUAUUUUGUAAUUCUAUUUCAUUAGAAGGCACAUUGGCUAAAUACUUAAUACCCAUAGAAGAUGUUCUAAAUCUUUAUAAUAUGUCAACCAAAAUUCUUGAACAAAACAUUACUGGUGCCGAAUCAUUUCCUGGAAAGUUUCUUAAACCUAUAUACUUUUCACAAUUAGAUGAUAUUACAACUCGGUAUCUUGCACAAUUUUAUAACAAAGUUUAUGCUCAAAACCGACGAACAUUGUCUUUUACUGCAUCUUGUGAUUAUGUUUCAAGCUCCCAUUCAAUUUUUGUAACAUCUGCAAUUGAGCGAACUGGAACUAUAUAUAUUGGAGAUGAGAAGUUUGGUUCUAUUUCUUCACGAUCGGACUCGAAUUCAUAUAUAAUUGCAGCUUUUGUUGAUGAAAAAAAAAUCAAAACUAGGAAAGAAUAUAAAAUAUAUCACUGGCCUGGAAAAGUAUUAUAUUAUUUUAAACAUCAAGUACAAGUUCCAAAAGAAGUUACUAUGGAAAAUAAUAUAGAUUUUGAAACAGCGGAGCAUUGGUUUGCUUUUGUUGAUUGGUAUAAAACAUCUAAUAAUGUUGAUUAUUUUCAUAUAUAUAAUCGUGAAACUGAUUGCUUUCAGUUUGAUGAAG